AUGAGACUCGUCUGGGCCAAAGCGGUGCUGCGCCCUCUGGCGGCGCCUCGCCGCAGGGUGCUGCAGCGCCGCGACCUGCAUCUCGCCCCCCCCUUUCUCCUCGACGAUUACGUUCCGCGGUACCUGACCCUGACGUCCCGAGAUGCUGCGAGGAAGCGGUCGCUCGCCUACGCGCAUCUCCGCAAUUGUAAUCUGUGUCCCCGAAUGUGCGGAGUCGACCGUUAUCAGACGACAGGCAUGUGUCUCAUAGGCCACAACGUCAAGGUGAACGUUAUCGCGCCGCACUUUGGCGAAGAACCCUGCAUUCAGGGCCACAAUGGCAGCGGCGCCGUCUUCAUGAGCGGUUGCAAUCUGCGUUGCGUCUUCUGUCAAAACUAUGACAUUUCUCACCGGCGUAAUGGUAUGGACCUCACACCCGAGGAGCUCGGCGAGUGGUACAUGAAGCUGCAGGAGGUUGGCGGGGUCCACAACAUCAAUAUUGUGACGCCCGAGCAUGUCGUCCCGCAGGUGGCCUUGAGCAUCCUGCAUGCAAGGGACCUGGGCCUGCGGCUGCCAGUCGUGUACAACACGUCGAGCUUCGACUCCCUGGCCUCCCUCGAGCUCAUGGAAGGGUUGGUGGACAUUUACUUGGCCGACUUCAAGGUGUGGCACACCGAGACGUCGAAGCGGCUCCUUAAGGCCGACGACUACGCCGCUGCCGCGCGCGAGAGCGUCCGCGCCAUGCACGCACAGGUUGGCGACCUGUGCUUCACCACCGACGGAAUCGCCAAGAAAGGUCUCCUCGUUCGUCACUUGGCCAUGCCGGGCAAGGAAGCCGAGGGCGCUGACAUAAUGCGCUUCCUGGCGUCUGAGGUGUCGAUGGACUGCUUCGUCAACAUCAUGGAGCAAUAUCGCCCUGACGCACACGUGGGCAAGGAGAAGCGCGGCAAGGGCGCAAGCGGUGGCAUGCGGUACGCCGACCUCAAUCGACCCGUCAACAGUGCCGAGGUCUCGUCCAUCCGGAGGGCCGCCUCCGAAGCUGGGCUCUGGAGGUUCAAUGAGUCGCCACAACACGAUGGCUUCGCCAUAUGA